UAAUAACAACGUUAUUUUUUCAAAAAUUGCAGAGAAUGUUUUGGGCAUAAACUAAUAAAAACGAGCGCAUGCAAUCGAGCAGUGAUUCAGCUUCCAUUCAUUCAAUUUCCGAGACUCCAUUCCCGACACAUCAAUUCUGGUUUAGGUUUUAGAAGCAGCAAUAACAAUGAAUAAUCAAGGAAAGAACGUUGCUGCAUCACCCUUGUUUGGCCAUUCUGGAAUUGCUCCACAGCCAAACCAACCCAACACCAUGAACCAACAUAGAAGCCACCCUCAAACCCAAUUCCAAGGUCUCUUUCAGUUUUCAGAGCCUCAUUCCCAGGUGCUUGCACAAGCUCAGUAUGCACAAGCACAAUUGCAGUCUCAGGCUGCACGUGCUCAUCAACACUUGCAUAAUGGGAAUACUAAUGCUGCUAAUGUAACAUCAACACCGGCCACUGGAAGCGCCAAGCGAGCAACCCAAAAGCCCCCUUUGCGGCCUCAUGGUUCAUCCAAUGCGAACCAAUCCACGCCAUUUAAGACCAUGGAGUUGACCCCCGCUACUCAGCGAAAGAAGAGAGAGUUCCCGGGGAAGCAAGAAAAAGUGGCUUCACUUCUGCCUGAGUCUGCUCUUUAUACUCAGUUGCUUGAUCUUGAGGCUCAGAUGAAUGCUGCUUUGGCCAUGAGAAAGAAUGAUAUACAGGAGGCUUUGAGGUUUCCCCCUCAUGUUCAGAAAACUCUUCGUAUUUAUGUGUUUAAUACCUUUUCAAAUCAUGCAAAAUUAGAUGCCGAGAAUCAAAAGGCUGAUGAGUCUUCUUGGUCUCUCAAGAUAACUGGAAGAAUAUUGGAAGAUGAUAAGGAUACUGAGUCUGGAAUUUCACAGAGAUCAAGUCCUUUGUACCCAAAGUUCUCUGAUUUUUUCAAGAAAAUUACCAUAUGCUUGGAUCAAAGUCUUUAUCCUGAUAAUCAUGUCAUUAUAUGGGACAGUGCUUGUUCUCCUAACCAACAGGAUGGUUUUGAGGUGAAGAGAAAAGGAAGCAAAGAAUUCACUGCAGUGAUUAGACUAGAAAUGAAUUAUUCACCUGAGAAGUUUAUGGUUUCAUCACAACUUUCUAAACUUUUAGGGAUUGAUGUUGAGACUCGUCCGCGAAUAUUAGCUGCUCUUUGGCACUACGUGAAGUCCAGGAGGCUACAGAGCCCAAAUGACCCAUCAUUCUUCAUAUGUGAUCCUUCUCUACAAAUGUUGUUUGCGAAAGAGAGGAUGGAUUUCACCAUGGUCUCUAAGAAGUUAUCACAGCAUUUGUCUCAGCCACAGCCUAUACAUCUGGAGCAUAACAUCAAGCUUUCUGGAAAUUCUCCAGCUAUUACUUCAUGUUACGAUGUACAGGUUGAUGUUCCUUUUCCACUGGAGAAGGAUAAGUCCGAAUUCUUGGCAAGCCUUGAGAGUCAAAAAGAGAUUGAAGCUCAUGAUGAGGUGAUUUCUGCUUCCAUAAAGAAGAUUCAGGAGCAUCGUAGAAGACGGGCUUUCUUUCUUAGCUUUAGUCAGUCUCCAACAGAGUUUAUUGAUACUAUGACUGCUUCUCAGAGCAAGGAUCUAAAACUUGUUGCGGGAGAUGCCAGCCAUAAUGUUGAAAAGGAACUGAGUUCUGAAUUCUACAAUCAACCAUGGGUUGAGGAUGCUGUCAUUCGUUACUUGAACCGCAAAACAGCUGGAAGUGAUGCUCCUGGGCGCAACUAAGAAAAAAUUGUAUAGGAGUUUCUAUUUUAUUUUCUAACAACUCUAUAUGGUUUCUUUUCAUAAUCUUUUUGUGAGGGAAGGGUAUCCCACCUGAGGAAAGGAACAAAGAAAAUGUUUUUUAGAUAGUGAAAUUUGAGGUGUGAUACUGAUCACCAAAAAUUGUCAUACAUACCUUAUUGAAUGCUGUACAGAAUUUCAGGGGUUUUGGCUGCGCCUCAGC